CAAAUACUUUAUAUUUUACAGGAUAGUCCUAUCUAUGAUGUCAUAGACAUUAUACUAAGUAAACACAUCGUCAACAGUCAGAAAUCUUGAAUACAAAUUAAAUCCACAGUAAUAAUGUCGCAUGAUGAUUAAAAACCCAAGUACAAGAGUAGUUGUGUUUGUCGAGGUGUGUGUUAACGUGGUGGUUUCACGAUGACUCCCACAGACUCACACAGACGUUUCAACACACGUAAACUUCUGUGUCACGGAUGCACAGAUAACAAAUUAAAAACGUGCUGGUCAUUUUUCUGUGUUUAGUCCGAACCACAGUCUGAACACGAGACGAUGAGACGACUCGUUUCCUCUGUCUCCUCCCUCCUCCCUCUCUUCACGAGUAUUAGUAUUAGAAGGUGAUCAUCAUCCUCAGUAGCUGCAGCAUCAGCUCCACCAUGAAGGCUGUGUUUCUGCUUCUUUGUGCCGCGAUGGCUCUGACCGGAGUUGCUCCUUUCAGGGCCAUGCCGACAGCGUGUCCCACCGGUUGGACUAAGAUCAUCGGUCGCUGUUUCUACUACGUUCCAGAUCUGCUGAGCUGGGCUCAAGCUGAGAGAAAAUGCCUGACCAUGAAUGCAAACCUCGCGUCUGUGCACAGCAGCUCCGAGUAUAGCUCCAUUCAGAGGGUGAUCACGAAGGGGUCCAAGGCGUCCGGAAAGACCUGGAUUGGAGGAACUGACUGCCAAAUUGAGGGAAUUUGGCUGUGGAGCGACGGCACUGCUUUUGACUAUCGGCACUGUGGCGUAUUUGACAACAGACAUUCAAGCAGCACUGUGCUCUCAUGAACUACGGAGGCGAAAAGUGCUGGGAUGACAAGAAAUGUUCCGAAGAAUUUCCGUCUGUCUGCGCCACAAAAAAACGUCUUUGGAGUGGAUGAAGCACACACACACACAGACAGACACACAAACAGGCACACACACUGCUUUGUGUUUGCUUUUUGCCAUCUCGUUUUACUCCUUCACCUCUUUACAGUCGCUGCAACAAUUUCUAAAUUAGAGGAACUAGUCGACAUCAACAGGAGCUGCUGGGUUGUGUCUGUAGGUUUUGUGUCUUUAAUAAGAGGAAACUAAAUUGACGCUUCUAACUCGCCCUUAUACUGGCGAGGGAGCCGCUUUUCUUCAUAAACAAAUGCAAAUAAAAGCUUCAAGCAUUGAAA